AUGGAGGGCUUUGUGAGUGAGGAGGAGGACUUGGAAUCGGAUCCGUCGUGGAACAGGGAGCCAGUGGAGGUUCUGAAGGACAGGGGUGAUGUUGUCCCGGGAGCGGGAGUGGAUGGGCAGGGGUUCUGGAUGUACUGGAUGGCCGAGGAGGGACUUUGGGAGUGUGGACUGUCCUACGAGUGUAGGACCCUCCUAUUCAAGGCUAUUCAUAACCUGUUGGAAAGGUGCUUGAUGGACAAGGACUUCCUAAGGAUUGGGAAGUGGUUCUUCAAACCACAUGAACUGGAAGAGAAGCCCCUGGGCACCAGUGAGCACCUAUCAUGUUCCUUCUCCUUCUUCCUCCAUGGGGAGAGUAAUGUGUGCACGAGUGUGGAGAUUGCCCAACACCAACCAGCAUACCACAUCACUGAGGAUCACAUCCGCCUCGCACAGACCUCCAGCACACCAGUACAAGUAAUCCUGAGUCCAUAUGGUCUGAGUGGUACUCUUACUGGUCAGGCCUACAAGAUGAGUGACCCAGCUGUACGGAAACUGAUGGAGGAGUGGAGCUACUUUUACCCUAUGGUACUCAACCAGAAAGACAGAAGCUCAGAGAAGGAGAAAGAGCAGGCAAGCCAGGCCUAUGAUGCCAACUGCCAUGUGGCAGUGGAGGUCAUUGUAGGUGGUGUGAGAAUGACCUAUCCAGCUGCCUUUGUGCUAAUUGCACAGGCUGACCUACCAAUUGAGCAGCCCUCACCAGUUCCUGGAGCCCAAGGCCUAACCAGAGAACCAAACCACUGCAGCGGACCCCUAACACCCCCUACUUCACCAGAGCAGCCCUGCUCAGCUGACAGCGGCUUUGUGACGUCCGCUUCCAGUGUCCCCACACAAGACAGCAGCUUAGGGGUCACCAGUCUCAGUCCAAAGCAUUCUGAAAAGAAGCUAACUGAUCAAGUCAUCCGUCAGGCUUGGAGGGAGUGCUAUUUCAACCAGACUCAGCACAACUGGAGUGAGCCCGGCGACAUGAUAUCCAAGAAGGAGGUGCCAAAUGGGGUGACCUCAUGGGACUUCAGCGACCAUGGGGCAAGAGUACCCUGCAGCUGCUCUAGGUUAAAGCAGCAGAAGCAGAAUUCAGCCACUACACCCACUGCCAAUCCCCAGACUGGUGCCAACCCGAUUCAGUCGGCCGGUUCUUCCUUAUAUCCUCCCUUGCUGCCCAAGCACAAGAUAAGUGAGAAGACAGAGAAAAUUGAAAAACAAUCAAAAAGGCUGACCACAACUCCAUUUCACCACCGCCUGCCUACUACCCAGGAAAUGCAUCCGGAACAGGAAUCAUCUGGAGCACCUCAGCUAGGGAGUCUUGUGGCUCUGGAGCCACCUCUGGAUCCAUUACCACCUUUACCCAGCUGCAAGUUUCCACGGCCUCUUCCCAAUGGCAGAAAAGCCUCAGAAACAAUACUCCACUCCCCUGCCUCUCCGCUUCCACCCACACUCAGCCCACACCCACGGGUGCAGGAUCCAGAGGUCCUAGACAACCCUGUGGAUAUACCUGCUUGUUCGGAUGGGGUAUCUGGAUGUGGGUUGAUGCCCAGUGAGACAGCCCUAUAUAUGUCUUUGCUGGGGCAAAAGGAAAGUGGAACCGGCUGGUGGAGAGGCUUCAGGAUUCCCCGGACUGAUAAGGCCGACUUCAGACCCCCAGAACUCCCUAUCGAGAAGUUAGGAGAUAUGAAGAUGGAGACAUCUGUGGAGGGAACUGCACUGAAGAGAUUGUAUACGCAGACACACAAGCGCUUUAAGAUCUCAGACCAGAGGAUUAGGGACCACAUCCAAACCUUAGGCCUCUUGCAGCAGCCAGGAAUGGAGGGGCUCCGUGAACCAGGAGAUGACCCCUAUGACUUCAAGGAAGGAGACAUUGAGUACACCUUCUCCACUUCAAAGAGACUCAAAGGCCAGGGGAGAGACCCUGAAAAAAGGGCCAAGGGAGAAGAAAUAACCAGCAAUGAUACACUACCUGAUGGGAAAGAUGCCAUGUCCAUUUUCAGUUCAGCUCCCAAAUCAAUUGACUCAGGUCAAGAUGAAGGACCUACCAAAACCAAUCCCUCUCUAACCAGAGAGAGAGACCUGGUCGUCAACAUCUCUGAUCUAGAUAACAUUUUUGAUGAGGACGACGAAGAACUUGGGGCAACUUACCCCAACCAGCUUGCUACAAAGGUGCCAGUAUCAUCAGGGGACGAUCGCCCCCUAGGGAAAGAGGGAAGAGUGGCAGUACCGUAUCCUUCAACAGUAGCAGACCUCCAACGGAUGUUCCCCACCCCACCAUCACUUGAACAGCAUCCAGCCUUCUCUCCCAUCAUGACUUAUCGUGACACCGCCAGCCAGGAGCCUCUGGCCCCUUUGGGAGUUAAUGACCACCCCCUUGGUUCCCUGCCCUCUUCCCAGCCAACUGAAUAUAAGAUGGAGGUGGAAGAGAGCAUGGACAGUCCCAAACUAGAGGAUAUCAAGCCACAGGUAGGCUGCUCCAUGUUUGCUCCUCUGUGCAGCCUACCCAGCCAAUGCUUGCCACCACUCAAGAUGCCUGAACAGUGCUACUACCGUCCCUCUUGGGCUCUCCUUCCCAAAAUGGAGCACUUUUCCUCUAUCAUCAAUCCACAGCAAACCCAGUUCAUCAAAGAUGGAUAUACUAAUGUCCCCAGUGUCAACGCCCUUACAGACCAGGAGUAUGUCCAGAUGAGCACCACCACUGCUUCUGUGGCUACAACUGUUGGCAUCCUCCCAUCUCCUGCAACACCUCGCUUCUCUGUGCCCACUCCACGUACGCCCCGUACCCCUAGGGGCAUUAACACUGCAAGCUCUGGACAGGGCUCAGUGAAGCAGGAUGGCACUGAGCUGAGCUCUCCUGCCUCUACUCCCUCCACAAGUUUGCCUCUUAGUUCAGUAGAGCCCCUAGCUCGGCCAGGACCUUUACUCCCUGAGGCUCACAGCCUGUAUACUGUCCUGCUCCUCUCAGACUCUGUCCUCAAUGUCUUUAAGGAUCGCAACUUUGACAGCUGUUGUAUAUGUGCCUGCAAUAUGAAUGUCAAAGGAGCAGAUGUUGGGGUGUAUAUUCCUGAUUCCACCUGUGAGGAUCAGUAUCGCUGCAUGUGUGGUUUUAGUGCUAUUGUGAAUCGGCGUCUAGCCCAUGGCACUGGGCUCUUCCUGGAAGAUGAGUUAGAUAUUUUUGGCAAGGGUUCUGAGGUGGGCCAAGCAGCUGAAAGGAGACUUGCCCUGUGUCGUCGUGACCCACCCAUGGGAGACCUGCAGGCCAAGCGGCCCCAGGACACAUUACCUGCCCCUCCACCAGUUAUGGUCCUUCUCCAAGAACAGUGCUCCCAGGCCAUUUCUUCACUAGCAUCACUACAUCUACCCCAAGAUUGCUCCUGCAAUAGUCGCAAGGGAGCAUUGCUUCAGAGCUGGAUGGCUGAUAAACAGUGGGCAGAUGAGAGUGAUGCAUGUGUGGAGUGUUUCAAUGCUCUUGAACAGGGGCUGCAGUAUGUUGAUAACCCUGCUGGAGGGAAAGUGGACCCAGCAAUUGUAAGGAGCACUGCUCUUCAUUCCUGGCCUUACACUGAUGUACUGGACAUGAGCAUGCUUUCGUCCCAGGAUGUUGUGCGUAUGCUGCUAUCGUUGCAGCCCUUCCUUCAAGAUGCCAUCCAGAAAAAGAGAACAGGAAGGACUUGGGAAAACAUCCAACAUGUCCAGGGACCACUUACCUGGCAGCAGUUUCACAAGAUGGCUGGGAGAGGCUCUUAUGGUUCGGAGGAGUCACCAGAGCCCCUACCUAUUCCUACAUUGUUACUGGGCUAUGACCGUGAGCGUGAUUUCCUUGCACUGUCCCCUUUGGCGUUACCCUUCUGGGAGAAGCUGUUGCUGGAACCCUAUGGGGGCCAGAGGGAUGUUGCCUACCUGGUGCUCUGUCCAAACAGCCCUGCUAUGCUGGCUGGGGCCAAGGCCUUCUUCCAGGAGCUGAGUGCAGUGUACGAGACAUGUCGCCUUGGGAAGCACCGUCCUCUGGCCAAAGUAUCCCGAGAUGGCCUUGUACAUGUUGGGGGCAGCGUAGAGCUGGAAGACAAACUGGAAGAGCAGCAGGUGGACCAGUGGUUCACUGGACCCUGGGCUGGGCAGCAGCACACUGACAACCUUUGCAAACUCAAACUCUAUGAUCAUGCCUGUAGGGUGCAGCUAGCUCCUCAACUAUCAGUCCUGUCUUUGGAUAGCAGUCUACUGUUGCCUCCCAAACUCCAGCCUCCCAUAACUCCCACAUCCUCAGCCCAGCCUGCUUCUUCUGGGCAGCCCCUCGCUACUAGCUUUGGGGCCCCUGAUGGAGAACAAGCUCCUGGGGCCCUCAGCUCAGUAAACACACCCAACACCACUGGAUCAGCCUUGGGCCAACCAGGAGAGUCAACCCAAGGAAACACCAGCGAGUCUAAAGGGCAUCCUUCUGCCACACCACCAGCCAACACAACAGCAGAAAACCCUGAACACACCUCUGAACAGUCGAGAAUCGGCAUCCCCACCCUGGCUGAUUCAGCUGACAGUCACACUCACCCACCAGCCAUUGUUAUUUAUGUAGUUGACCCCUUUCUCUGCUGUAGUGGGGCAAGGGAUACAGGAGAAGAAGAGGGGAAGGAGGUGGAGGCAGGCAGCAUUUGGCUAUUAGGGCUUUUGCGCUGCUACACAGAGAUGUUACAGAAACUGCCUGAAAGCAUGAGACCUGCGCUGGUACUACAGGUGGUGCCAUGUCAGUACCUGCUUCAACCAACCAGUGGGGAUAGCCAUCAGUAUCUUCAGCAACUACGUUCCCUGGCCUUCUCCUGUUAUUCCCAAUGCAGACGGCUGCUGCCUCAGCAGACACAUAUCAAAUCCUUGACUGGCUUUGGACCAGCGUCAACCAUUAGUUCUGUGCUCCAGAGUCCUGAGCAUCCAAGCCCCUUGCAGCUGUACUCUCCUCCAUUUAUCUUGGGCCCUACCCGUCCCAAACAACCAGAACCAGGGGAGGUGUGGGCAGAUGUCCCUCCUAAGUACAAUGUGCUGUUUGUUGGCUACUGCCUGUCUCAUGACCAGCGUUGGAUCCUUGUGUCCUGUACUGACCAGAAGGGAGAACUCCUGGAGACAUGCAUUAUCAACAUUGAUGUACCCAAUAGAGCACGACGACCCAAGGUAUCAGCCAGAAAGAUGGGACUUCAGAAGUUGUGGGAGUGGUGUGUUGGCAUCAUUCAGAUGACCUCACUGCCGUGGAGGAUUGUGAUUGGUCGCCUAGGCAGGUUGGGGCACGGAGAGUUGAAAGACUGGAGUUCCCUCCUCGGGGAGCAUUCCCUCCAUUCUCUCAGUCGCCAGCUGAGGGAGGCCUGUCGAAUGUGUGGGAUCUCAGCUGCUGACUCUCCCUCCAUCCUCAGUGCCUGUCUGGUGGCCAUGGAGCCACAGGGCUCCUUUGUGGUGAUGCCUGAUGCGGUAACCAUGGGCUCAGUGUUUGGCCGAAGUACUGCCCUGAACUUGCAGACCUCCCAGCUGAACACACCCCAAGAUGCUUCCUGCACACACAUCCUGGUCUUUCCAACUUCUGCUACCACCCAGCUGGCCCCUAGUUCCUACCCCACUGAGGACAAUACUGAUGACAUGUUUGAUCUGCCCUUCCCUGAUGAGCUGGAGAAUGACAUUGGCCAUGACAUGAUGCUGAUCACAGGGAACCUCCAUCCUUCCCCCAACACCUCCCCUGUACCUUCUCCUGGCUCCCCUUCUGGCAUGGGUAUCGGAUCACAUUUCCAGCACAUCAGGAGCCAAGGAGAGCGCUUACUGUCCAGGGAUAGUCCACCCGAGGAGCUGAAGCAGCAGCCAUUGGCCCUGGGCUAUUAUGUCUCCACAGCCCAGGCAAAUGGACUUCCUCACUGGUUCUGGUCCUCCUGUCCCCAAGCACAAAGCCAAUGUCCACUUUUCCUCAAGGCCUCUCUGCACCAUCAUAUCUCCAUAGCCCAGACAGAUGAACUGGUUUCUGAAAAGACCAAGAGGACCCCUCACCCACUGGACUCCAAGACCACUUCUGAUGUGCUAAGGUUUGUAUUGGAGCAAUACAACGCCCUCUCCUGGCUGACAUGUUCCCCUGCAACCCAAGACCGCCGCUCCUGCCUGCCCGUCCAUCUGGCUGUGCUUACACAGAUGUACAAUGCCAUCCUAAACAUGCUUUAGCUUGGACAAUUUAAGGGACCUUAAUUUACUGCGUGCCUACAGUUUCUCUUUUUGGGCACCAGAUAGCGCCAGAGUUCUCUGUUUUGUUGGCCAAAGACGGCAAAGGGAUGAAAAAUCACUUCAGGGUCUCCAGAUGCUUGGAAAAAGAUGUGUCCAUGUACGGCAAAGUGUCUGAAAAAGGAUCUCGGUUAGUGAGGGAGACCAACCCAACCUGGUGCGAUUAUACCCUCAGAACAUUGUGCCAAUCAUUUUACUUUUUGGGGUGGGGGGGGCACAUUGUGCUCUUUGGCUGUACACUUAACUGAGAUGUCACAGUUUUAAGAGUCUCAAAAUCAGGUUACCGUCAGUGGGAAAAAAACACAUCUAACAAAACCAAACAAAACAACAUUCUGAGUCUUCAUGGACGAUACUUCAUGGCCUCCACGGGAGUCUGCUCACACCCUCGCCCGUGGGACGAGGAGUCCACAUGGGGCCGGUUCAGUUCAUACUGCACAACCACCAGAAUGAACACAGCAGCUCAUUACUUUGUUACACCAUUCAUGUUUUUGCAUUUUUGUAUCAUUGAGACUGGCACUUUUUUUGAGAAAAAUGUCCAACGUCUUUUCAGAGUAAAGUUCAUAAUUUCCUCUAAAGGGAGAACAAUUUAUAGCACUUUUUUCCUCACCUUCCGGAGUGGCAAUUGUAUUGUUGUCAAUAUAAACACAGUGGGUAUUAUCAGACCGUCUCAGAAGCAAUUGUUGUUUAUAGUAUAAGACAUACAUUUGCAAAGAAUUAAGACUUAUUUUGUAAUAUUCAAAGUAAAAAAAUAAAUAAAAUAAAAAUAAAAUUGUUUAACAAGGCCUUUUUUCCAAUGUUCUAUCAUUUGUGUUGGAAUCAGAAUUAAAAAUGUCAUUUAAAGGAAAUUGUAAAGAUUCAAUUUUUAUGAAAACAAAUAUA